CCCUCCUUACCCUCUCCCGCGCCUGGCCUGGAUUUCAUUUUUCUAAGCUGGGUUUGGUGGAUGGCUCUGGUGAUUUGAGACGGGUCAAAUUCGGCUUCUUGGAGAUAGAGUUUGGCCAAUUUAGUGUGAUCAGCUGGCGGCAACCUGACUUCAUUAGUUUCUCAUUCUCCUUCUGGGAACAAUGUGCUUUCUAGGUGUUCUCAUGGUAAAUGGAAAGAGGAAGAAUCCCCAUUACGGAAGCCAUCUCAAAUCUCCAUGCAAAGUACAGUAAUUUUCUGUUUAUGAAAGUAAGUGAAAUGGUUGAACUCCAAGUUCAGGCGCAAGGUAGUCAGUCUUCCUGCAAUGGGAGUAUGCUGCGAGAUUAUCUAUCAAAGAGCCCGGUACUCAGGAAUUCUUAUAAAAUUGCUAAAUAUUUUAUAUAAUAAUAAAUAUUUAAACAUUAGACUUCAGAGAAACUUUACCAAAGUUCUAAGAAUUAGAUAUAUGUUUGAUAAAUAAAUAUGAUUAAUGGGUUGAAAACUCUGAGUGUGAGAAUAGGACUAAUUUCAUCUGGAUAACCUCUUGGAAACUCAUUUUUUAUUUUGGAAAUUACAAGAAAAUAAUUUGUUCCCUUCAUAAGCGGUAUGCCCAUGCGUGCAUAUGUGUGUGUAUUUAUGAGCUUGUGACUAAUGAAGCUAUACAAAAGUAUUAGCAGCAACCAGAUCUUAUGGAGUACUGGCCUGCCUGUGGUUCUCAAGAAAAUCUUAGAUGCUUUUGCUAAAAGCAGUUUGGAUUCUGUGUAUUUAAACCUGGCAUUUAAAACGUCAAUAUAGGUUAUAAUCUUAAGUUAAGAACAAGCUCCCUUUAAGAAUUUAGACAUUUACUACAUGAAGUAUGUAUUGAGUUAUAAAACUUCCCUAAGAAAUGAAGUCGUUAAAGACAAAAGAUGGAUAGCUUACACAAGGAAAAACUGCAAACACUGAAAGAGAAUAUGCUCCUAUUUGUGUACUAGCAAAUGAGGAUUCAGGUUUCCUGUCAAUUUCAGUAGGAAUAAUUCCAGGCUACAAAAAGAACAGACAAUGAAUGAAUGAGUUAAUUUGAGUUGUUUGAAAAUAAGAAUGUUUUCCAUAAAGAGAUCAUUGAACUCAUCAAUUAACAUGCCAUGGUGAUUUCUGGCUUGACAGUGGUCACAACAUUUAAAAGUAAAAAGAAUGAGCAAGCACAUUCACAAAUUAGCUGCAUAUAGAAUUUAAGGUCAGGAUAUUCAAGCAAUCACAACCAGUCAUAUUUCAUUGAGAGGUGAAGCCAGCUGGACUUCCUGGGUCCAGUGGGGAUUUGGAGAACUAUUUGUAGCCAGCAUAGGGAUUGUAAAAUGCACCAAUCAGCACUCUGUGGCUAGCCAGAGGAUUGUAAAAUGCACCAAUCAAUCCUCUGUAAAAGGCACCAAUCAGUGCUCCCUAAAAUGCUCCAAUCAGUGCUCUGUAAAAUGCACCAAUCAACAGGAUCCAAAAAGUAGCCAAUCACAGGGACGACUGAAAAAAGGGCACUCUGAUAGGACAAAAACUGAACAUGGGAAGGGACAAAUAAGAGAAUAAAAGCUGGCCGUUCCAGCCCGCAGCAACAGCCCACUCAAUGCUGUGGAAGUAUUAUCCUGUUGUUCUUCACAAUAAACCGUGCUACCGCUCAGUCUUUGGGUUCAUGGUAUUUUUAAGAGCUGAAACCUGGCUACCACUCAGUCGUUGGGUCUCUGCCAUCUUUAAGAACUGUAACACUCACUGCAAAGGUCCCUGGCUUCAUUCUGGAAGUCAGUGAGACCACGAACCCACCUGCAGGAACCAAUCUAGACACAACAUCAGCAUUUAAAAAUUUUCUUUUUGUUUUUUCUGACAUGAUAACUUUUCUACCCAUCAUUUUUUCCUGUCUAGUAGUGGUUACAUUUGUUAUUGGAAAUUUUGCUAAUGGCUUCAUAGCAUUGGUAAAUUCCACUGAGUGGGUCAAGAGACAAAAGAUCUCCUUUGCUGACCAAAUUCUCACUGCUCUGGCGGUUUCCAGAGUUGGUUUGCUCUGGGUAUUAUUAUUAAAUUGGUAUGCAACUGUGUUGAAUCCAGCGUUUUAUAGUGUAGAAGUAAGAACUACCACUUAUAAUUUCUGGGCAGUAACCAACCAUUUCAACAACUGGCUUGCUACUAGUCUCAGCAUAUUUUAUUUGCUCAAGAUUGCCAAUUUCUCCAACCUUAUUUUUCUUCACUUAAAGAGGAGAGUUAAGAAUGUCAUUCUGGUGAUGCUGUUGGGGCCUUUGCUGGUUUUGGCUUGUCAUCUUUUUAUGGUAAACAUGAAUGAGAUUGUACGGACAAAAGAAUAUGAAGAAAACAUGACUUGGAAGUACAUGUUGAGGAAUGCGAUUUACCAUCCAGGUAUGACUGUAACCACGCUACAGAACUUAGUACCUUUCACUCUGACCCUGAUAUCUUUUCUGCUGUUAAUCUGUUCUCUGUGUAAACAUUUGAAGAAGAUGCAGCUCCAUGGCAAAGGAUCUCAAGAUCCCAGCACCAAGGUCCACAUAAAAGCUUUGCAAAUUGUGAUCUCCUUCCUCUUGUUAUGUGUCCUUUACUUUGUGUCUGUAAUUAUAUCAAUUUGGAGUUUUGAGAGUCUGGGAAACAAACCUGUCUUGAUGUUCUGCCAAGCUAUUAGAUUCAGCUAUCCUUCAGCCCACCCAUUCAUCGUGAUUUGGGGAAACAAGAAGCUAAAGCAGACUUUUCUUUCAGUUUUGUGGAACGUGAGGUACUGGGUGAAAGGACAGAAGCCUUUAUCUCUGUAGAUUCACGAGCGGGGCAUUGUGUGUCUUCUAGCAGAAAACAAACUGGUGGUGUAUGAAACAUUUUCUAUUUCUUACUGUGUUUUCUGUAAUGUAUGUGUAUGAGUAAUUUCCAAACAUAUACCUAGAAAAGUCUUUUACCUAAAAUUAGUCAAAAGAAGUAUACGUGUGUGUGUGUAAUUUAUAUGAAAAACUUAAGAACAUUGACAAUAACAUACGCUUUUUUCUUUUUUCACAUGAACUGCCAAAUUAUACAAAAUAUGACAAAAAUUACUCAGAAUUCCGAAGCCAUGGUUUUCAUUCAUGUAUUUUAUAUUUAAUUUGUAGAAUUUACAAUGUCUAUUUAUAAUUAUUAAGAACUAAGAGCUUAUCUCAGGAAAAAUAUUGCUGUUUUCUAUUGUUAUUUGAUCCACACAAAUACACCACAGUGUGCUUAGAAUUUGUUGUUAGAACAUCUCACUUUUUGGAUGGUAAGGUCAUUCAAUUCUAAAUCAAUAAUGAGAAUGCAUCUUUGAGGUUUUAUUACAUUAUGAAUUCCUGUUUUAUUUAGUAAAAAGCAAUCAGAAUUAUUGAUGGAAAACAAUGCCCACAAAAAACUUCGAGUGGCAAGCAUAUGUAGAGUAAAUUUCGUCUAUGUCUACCGUAAACAGUAAUGAGGAAUAUUAGAUUUAAUAACAAGUAUGUGAAUAGCUUAGAAAAAAAUCUCUUUGUUAAUAAAGGGAUGAAAAUUCAUGAUCAUGAUCUUGAUUGCUAUUAUCAUUUUCCAUAUGCAGUUAGAAACGUCAUUUCUUCCAGCUUUUGAAUUAAAGGAAAACUGUUUUUGAAUUGAGAUCUGAUGCAAAUUGUUUUAGUAUGUUUUCUAAAGCACUUCUAAGCCCCCGAUUUGCUAAAUGUAUCCUUAUCUUCCAUUUAUAAAAUUCCUUCUAAACUUCAGAUAGGAGAACUCAAAUCUCUUCUCUAAAAAAAAAAAAA